CUGCGGGAGCCGGUGGCGCUGCUCCACGCCUGCCCCGGCCCCUCCGGCGGCCUCCGCCUCACUCCGGAGGACUGGCUGGACCCACCCACACUCGCCAUGGUACGGCAGCUCAAGCAGGCUGCAGCAGCCGCCUGGAUGCAACCGGGACACCCCGGCUGGGCCAUCUUCAAGGAGACUGCCGCUGCCGUACAUCCUACCGCUGCAGCGGUGAGGAGGGCUCCGAGACCGCCGUUGGCCCUAACGCCGGCGGUGGCGGCGGCGGCGGCCGCCGCCGUCGCAGCGGCGGGGCUCCGAUCGCGUGGUGCCAGCGUCGGUGGGAGUGUGGGCAGCAGCAGCACCAGCAGCGGUGGCGGUGGCGGUGGCGGGAAGACUCCGCCGCCCGGUGCCUCCCCUGCUGGUCCCUCCCUGAGCUCCUUGCUGCUGGCGCAGCAACUGCUCCAGCACCAGCAGCAACAACAGCAGCAGCAACAGCGGCGCAGCAGCACAACCAGCACGGGCCCCGCGGCGGCACCGCCGACUGCUGCUGCCGCUGCUGCUACCGGUGGUUCCGGAGCUGCCGCCGCCCAGCCGGGCGCUGCUGCUAUCCCUGCGGGCGCUGCAACCCCGGCUGUAGGGCUGGCGGAGCUGCUUGCGGCGGCUCUGAUGGCAGCGGGAGGGAGCAAGGGCGCCGCCGCCGCUCGCGCCCCAGGAGGUACGGCAGCCUCACCAGCU